GUGCAAAAAAACCCGGACUCCCGUGCAAAAAUAAAUUUAAUGGCAGUGGAGACAAAGCAGUUCUGCCGGGAGUGCAAUAAUAUGCUGUACCCAAAGGAAGAUAAACUUGAGAAGAUGCUCUACCUAGCAUGCAAGAACUGUGAGCACUUUGAAGAGUCAGUUACCCCUACUGUAUACACCGUAGAAUACAAAAAGACCUCAAGGGAAAUUGAGUCUGGCAUAGGGAAGGAAAUAGCAGAAGACCCAACCCUCAAAAGAAUCCACAGAAAGUGCAGCAGAUGCAACUGCACAACCCAUGCAAUCUUCCAAAAAAAAGAUGAAAGAGGUGAUGAACCCCUCUCUGUAAAUUACGUCUGCUGCAAGUGCUUUAAGAUGUCGAACAGUUUGGAUGCACUGAUUAAUGAAUGA